AUGCGCACAAGAUUGUUAGACAUAUUUAAAGAAGAAAAAAAUACUGAAACCAAAGAGUUGUAUACGCCUCUGUAUGGAUUCGUAUUAAAGUUCCCCCAAAUAACUGUGAUUCCAUCUCCAUUUCGUCGCACCCGCAACAGGAGGUUUGGUAUAAAAUCCACCGGCUUCGUAACAUUAAGCUAUUUUCUUUCGUUCAAGACGCGCAAAAUCGCGGGUAACUUGCUAAUGAUUCGUAAGGCACUCCUGUUAGUGACGAUGUUGGCAGGAAUUUUCAGCGAACCUCAAGGUCCUGCUUAUCUUCCUCCCACAGGAUCUGGACCACGUCCACCCACCGGCGGGGGAGGUGGUAACACUGGCCAUCCGGACGAAUGGGCCGGGGAUCCAGCAAAUUACGAGUUCUCGUACGAGGUCCAGGACGCGGUGGCGGGUUUGGAUUUCGGGCAUCACGAGUUGAGGAAGGAUAACGAGGCAUCUGGGACCUAUCACGUACUGUUACCAGACGGUAGAACACAGAUUGUCGAAUAUAUCGCCGAUGGUGCUGGAUAUCGCCCAAUGGUACGGUACGAGGGAACAGCGACGUAUCCAGCACCAGGACCUUCGGGGGGAACAGGAGGAUCGACCAGUAACGAUGGAUAUAGAUAUUAA